ACUAUCUAUAUAUAAGAUUCACGGUCCAUUUUUGUUUUACUUUCGCAUCCUACAUUCUGCUGUUGGUAUUUGGAAAUUGGUUUGUUAGCAAUAGCAAUUCUCUAAUUAUCAGAAUAUUUGCUUUUUGGAAAAGACAGAAAGAAUCCGAUCUUAAUACGAUAAUAACAUGGAAGAUCCUCAAAGCAUUAACGUAUCGGUGAUAUGGAGGGGAAAAAAGUUUGUUGUAGGGAUGAGUCCAUGUGCUACUCUCAAAGAUCUUGGACACGAGAUGCAAAAAUUGUCCGAAGUCAAAGCAGAUACUAUGAGAUUCAUUGUUCCACAGAAUUCCAACAAAAGCUCAAAGUUGCUAUUUCCAUUUUCUGAUGAGCAUGAACGCUUGAGCUUGCAAGAAUCUUCUAUUGUUGAGGGCAAGUCCAUCAGAAUGAUGGGUGUGUCAGAGAAUGAAAUAGAUGAGGUUCUCCAAGGUGCAAAGACAAACAUGAGGAUAGCUGGAUUUGAUGAUGAGGAAAAGAGACUAAGACAGCGAAAGUCAGAUAGACCUCAUGCUCCAUCGAGACUCCCACAAGGACCUUAUAUCUUUUGUGAUUUUCGAACACUUGAACUUCCAGGAAUAGAGUUGAGCCCUCCAGCAUCAGAGGCAUUGAAAAGAAUGCACAUGCUUGCUUCUGAUCCUGGAAUUAUUGCUAUCAUGAACAAGCAUCGUUGGCGUGUGGGAAUUAUGACUGAGAUGGCCCCUGUUGGUUAUGUGGGUGUAAGUCCAAAAUGCCUUCUAGGCUUUAACAAGAAUCAUGGAGAGGAGAUAUCUUUGCGUCUUCGGACUGAUGACCUCAAGGGUUUCAGGAAAUAUGAGAGUAUCAAGAAAACUCUCUUGCACGAACUUGCUCAUAUGGUACACUCUGAACAUGAUGCAAACUUUUAUGCUCUGGAUAAGCAGCUGAACCAAGAAGCCGUCAGUUUAGAUUGGACAAGAUCGAGAAGCCACACCGUGAAUGGAGUGAAGCACUCAGACCAUUAUGAUGAGGACUUCUAUGUUGAAGAAGUUGGUAAUUUUUCUCAAAAGCUUGGGGGAAAUAUAUCAGAUCAGUUGGCAACUGCUCGUGCAUCAUCAGUGGCUGCUGCUUAUCGCCGUUUAUCAAAUCUUUCUACCAAUGGUUUGGGAACAUCUGAAGUCCAUGAGGAACCAGACCCUGACGAUUCUGUGUUGGAUUCUGUAGAAAAAGAGAAGUCAUCUAUUGCCAAUUCAGACAAGGUUCUGUUUUCAAGUUAUCAGGAACCAGAUCCUGAUGACAGUACAGACUAUCAAAAAAAUUUCGAGCCUGAUCCUGAUGAUUCCCAGGGAAACAAAACUUUGGUAUCUGAAUCUUUUCACUUGGAAAUUCCUGGAAGCAGAACCAUGUCUGAACCACCGCACGUAACCCAACUUGUUUCUAUGACUAACAGCAAGUUGGAAUCCAUGGAGCCUUGUGGAGAAACUAAACCAUUCCACUCUGAGCAAAUGGAGAUUUUGGACAGAAAGAUUCAAGCAGAGGAAAAUGUUGCUGAACCUGAUCCUGAUGACUUAGAAAUGAAGGAGGAAAAUAUGGGAUAUGGAAAGAGCAUGAGACCUGAAAAUGGUUCUGCAAUCACAGGAAUAACCAAAGAUCAAUUCCAUCCAAGCGAGGAUUACAAAAAUCCUGAUCUUGAUGAAUCCCAGUCAAAUGGAAUCAUGCAGGCAGAACCUGAUCCUGAUGAUAAUUUGUUAAACCCUCAGGAAAUUUCCAUAAUGCAGAUUGAUGAACCAGAUCCUGAUGAUCAGGAAUUACAGAGAAUUCAAGAUCCUGUUACAGUUAUUUGUAGUCGCAUGCGGAAGGCCAUUGAAGUCUUGCAAGCUGAGGUUAAUCCCACACAAGCUACAGUAAUUCUUCAAACCCUAUUUAAGAUAAUAAGGAAUGUCAUUGAGCACCCUAAUGAGAUGAAAUACGGAAGACUGCGUAAGGCUAAUCCAGCAAUUGAAAGGAAUAUUGCAAAUUACAAAGCUGCGAUGGAGUUCCUGUUUUUGGUUGGCUUCAAUGAAGAGAUUGUGUCAAACGAGAUUGGAAAGGCAGAAACUUAUCUAGUCUUAAAGCGGGACGAUCCGGGUUUAUUGUGGCUUGCCAAGUCCUCUCUUGAGACGAGUAUUAAAAGCUAGUGUUGGAGACAAACAUUUGCUGAUGUUGCUAGUGUUGGAAACAAACAUAUCAAGUUAGAAGUUUAUUUGAUCUUGUUAGUGUAUUUGAUACAUAAUUGACAUAGAAACAUCUUCAAGCAAAACAUUUUUUGUAAAUAAGCAGGGUUGUUCAACUUGUUUCAUGUAUUGAGUGUCAGGGCUCUGUAUAAUCUAAUAAGUCUCCAAGCUCUUUGCAAUGGUAAAAUUAGUAAAGUUUGCUUGCAAA